AUGAUACUUGGUCAAUCUGUCGAGAGCUUCAAUCACGAAAUAGGCGACCUGUUCUCGAAAGCCUUCAACAAGGCCUCACUAGUCACCGCUACGCGCGUUCGACUCGGUGACCUAUACUUCUUAGACGCCCUGCGGCAAGACCGUGGCAACGCAGAGAUAUCCGAUAAAUAUACAUUCAUCAACGAUCUCCAAAACGAGCAUCAAGAUGUAGGUCUCGUUCGGGACCAAGUUAUCAACGUGCUCAUUGCAGGUCGGGAUACCACAGUGGCAACAAUGUCCUAUGUCUUCCGCCUUCUUGUGAGACACCCGCAUGUGCUCCAGAAACUUCGGGGCGAAAUUGAGUCCGUCCUUGGACAAGACAACAAUAUUACCAGAGCGUAUAUUCAGCGCAUGCCUUACCUUCAGCACGUCAUCAAAGAAAGUGGCGGUCCAGACGGCCGUUCUCCAGUCUUAGUUCGAGAAGGAAUGCCUGUUGCAUAUUCAGUGUACCAUAUGCAUCGGCGCAAGGAUAUAUAUGGCUCCGAUGCUGGAUCUUUUCGACCCGAAAGAUGGGAAGGCUCAGAACUCGCGGAUAUCAAAUGGGGUUUUCUGCCGUUUAACGGAGGUCCGCGACUCUGCCUAGGCAGUGAGUCACUCAGGAUUGCUUCCUAG